GACAAGAUGGCGGCCUCCGUCGGUCCAACGCUGCUUCUGUAACUCCUGUUUAUUUGUGGAUUUUACGGAUUUUUCUUCUCUGUGAAACGUUCUUUUAUUGAACCGGGAGAUGAAGACGUUCUGCGGGAGAGCGAACCCGACCACCGGGGCCCUGGACUGGGUGGAGGAGAGCGAAGAGUACGACUACCACCAGGAGAUAGCCAGGUCGUGUUACGCCGACAUGCUGCACGAUCACGACAGGAAUGAGAAGUACUUCCAGGGAAUCCGUGCGGCUGUGUCCAGAGUCAAAGCUCGAGGCGAAGACGUCGUCGUCCUGGACAUCGGGACGGGGACGGGCCUCCUGUCCAUGAUGGCCGUCACGGCCGGAGCCGACUUCUGCUACGCUGUGGAGGUUUUUAAGCCGAUGGCUGAAGCUGCUCGAUGCAUCGUGGAGAAAAACGGCUUCUCAGACAAAAUCAAGAUCAUCAACAAACACUCCACAGACGUGACGGUCGGACCAGACGGGGACAUGCAGGUGAAGGCCAACGUCCUGAUCACGGAGCUGUUCGACACGGAGCUGAUCGGGGAAGGAGCUCUGCCCAGCUACGAGCACGCGCACCAGAACCUGGUCCAGGACGCCUGCGAGGCCGUCCCCCACCGAGCCACCGUCUACGCUCAGCUGGUGGAGUCGGAGCUGUUGUGGAGCUGGGCUCAGCUGCAGCCGGUGGAGGUGGGCGGGGCCCGGCUGGCGCCCCCCCCGGCCCUGGGACGCUGCGCCGGCGCCCACUCGGUCUGCGACGUCCAGCUGAGCCAGGUGCCCCCGGGCGGCUUCGCGCCCCUGGGACCCCUCUGCACCGUGUUCCAGGUGGACUUCAGUCGACCCGUCAGCAGCGCCUUCGCCUCCAGCUCCGCCCGCUUCGCCGCCCGGGCCAGCGGGCGGGCCCAGGUGGUCCUGUCCUGGUGGGACCUGGACAUGGACCCCGGUGGGACCAUCGUGUGCUCCAUGGCCCCCAGCUGGACCUACCCCCAGCCACAGGGGGCGCCGUGGAGGGAUCACUGGAUGCAGAGCGUCUAUUUUCUACCUGCUGAGGUUGAAGUGACCGAAGGAGACGAGCUCGUUCUGACAGGUUGUCAUGACGACUACAGUCUGUGGUUCAACCUCCAGACUCAACGGCUCCAGGACUCUUCUCCAUCUUCUCCGCCGUCUCUGUCCUCUCGUCCAUCCUGCUCUUGUCUCGCUCACCUCGUUUGGAAUCGUCCUCGCUUCGGGGAACUCAACGACCGGAGGAGGACGAGGAGCUUCGUCUCCGCUCUUCGCAGCGUUCUCAGGGAGGACAGCGUCUGUCUCAGCGUCAGUGAUGGGAGUCUCCUUCCUGUCUUCGCUCACAUGCUCGGAGCCAAGAAGGUGUUUGCUCUGGAAAACUCCAGGAUGUCAAAGCAGGUCAUCGAGCAGGUUCUGGAGGGAAACUCCCUGAAAGGAGGCGUUGAGCUGCUGGAGGUCAGAGCUGAACAGCUGAGCAUCAGUGACCUCGGAGGAGAACAGGUCUCCGUCCUGAUGGGGGAGCCCUACUUCAGCACCAGCCUCCUCCCCUGGCACUCCCUCUUCUUCUGGUACUGUCGAACGGCGCUGGCUGGACUCCUCCGGCCCGGCGCCUCCAUCCUGCCGCGCUCCGCCUCCCUCCACAUGGUGGCGGUGGAGUUCCAGGAUUUAUGGAGGAUACGAGCGCCGUGUGGAACGUGUGAAGGCUUCGACGUGACGCCCAUGGAUGAAAUGGUCCAGCGCUCUCUGGAUUUCAGGGAAUCCCGUGAGGCCGAGCCUCAUCCUCUGUGGGAGUAUCCGUGUCGAGCGCUGACCGAGUCCUGCGCCGUCAUGACCUUCGACUUCACGCAGUGCGUCCCCGAACAGCCAAUCAGCAGCCAGGGAUCCCUGCCCCUCACCAGGGUCGGCCGUUGCCAUGGCGUCGCGUUGUGGAUGGAGUACCAGCUGACCGAGGACGUCACCGUCAGCGCCGGUUUAACGGGACCAAUCACUGAGCAGGGCGACUGUGAUUGGACGAGACACAGGAAACAGGGCGUCUACUUCCUGCGCUCGCCGUGGGACAGUUCAGGGGACGGAAGAGCCGCCGUGUCCUACAGCUUCACCUUUGAGCCCAGUUCAGGAGACAUUAAGAUGGACUUCAGCGUCACGUCUCAGUGACCUGAGCUCAGGACACGUUACUUUAUUCUGACUGAACGUUUCACGUGAGACGGAGAACGAUUCAAAACCAAACCAAGAGUUCGAUUC